CUCUGCUGUGCCCCCAGGUCUGUCGAAGAUGCACUGGUCACCAGAGCAUGCCCAGUCCCUGAACCAGUGGCCCGAGCAGCACCUCGAUGUCUCCUCCACCACCUCCUCACCAGCCCACAAGUCCGAGCUCUACCCCAGCACCCGGCAGCGCUUCAACUACGCCUGGGCCAACGACGACAUCUCGGCCCUGACGGCCUCCAACCUGCUCAAGAGGUACGCGGAGAAGUACUCGGGGGUGCUGGAGGCGCCCUACGAGCGUCCGGUGCUGAGCGGCUACGGGGACGGAGCCUUCGCGGCAGUUAACGGCCAGAAGGGGGAUGCGGAGCCCUGGCCUGGGGCGCACGGUUCGGACGGUGCCUACCCCCUCACCCCCAUCCACGAUGGCCUCCCCGGUGCCAAGGGGGUGGUGCCGCCCCCCGUCCCCUCCAGCGGCGGCGCCAUCGGGCUCGGCGGCUCGCCCGUGGUGUCCGCCAACCUCAGCGACCCCAUGUACCCCGGCAGCUCCUGCGGAGGAGCCGCUGCCAGCUCCGGUGGGCUCGGGGCAUCUCAGGAGUACCCCUCAGGUUACGGUGGCACCUAUUUGCCCUCCAGCUACUGCACCCAGCCGGCCGCGGCGCUGCCUCCCCCGCACCCUCCUGCUCUCCACGGCUCAGGGCUCCUGCAGCCUCCACACCCCUCGCCCGCCUUAGUGCCAGGCUACGGCUCCUCCGGCCCCAUGUAUAACUACAGUGCCAGCAGCUACCCGCCGCAGCCAGGAUACGGCACCAUCCACCCUCCCCACCCCUCCGCUUCCUACCUGCCCUCCGGCAUCGCGGCGCCCACCCCCAUCCCCGCCCCGCCGCCCUCCACUCGCCCACCGGGGGUGCCCAGUUACGGCUAUCAGGGUGCCGGCUUGGCCCCCCUGGCCGUGCCCCCCCUUGGCACCGAGGCAGCGGGCACCCUGAAGAGGAAGGCUUUCGACAUCUCGGGCAGCGAGGACGAAGGGGAAGGUCGCUAUCGGAAGUACAGCUACGAGCAGCCAAAGUCUCCCUACCCCCUGCCGGACAACGGCGAGUGCCGGGGCAACGGAUUCGGUGGCAACGCCGAGUCCCCCCAGGUGGCCUUCAAGCCCGGGAAGCGGCCGGCUGGGGCCGGGAACGCCGAGCAGCACGGCAGCAAGUACGGAGGGCAGGCGAUGAAGAGAGUGGUGUCGCCUCCCUACAGCGCCGGGGACGCUCCGCUACGGCCCGCAGAGCCCUUCGAGAAGUUCAGCCCCCCCUUGGCCAACGGGGAGCGGGCGGCCGAGCCGGGACCCCCCUUCCCGCUGCGGCUGCCCCUUAAAGCGCCUCUCUUCGGCGGUCCGCCCGUAGAGGAGCAGCCUAAGAACGUCGACCCUCUGGUCUUGGAGCUGGUGAACACCAAGGUGGUGGAGCGGGGGCCGCCGGUGCAGUGGUCGGACAUCGCCGGGCAGGUGUCGGUGAAGGCGACCCUCGAAGAGCAGCUGCUGUGGCCCAUCCUGCGUCCCGGCGCCUACAGCGGUGCCAGCCGCCCGCCAAGGACCAUCCUGCUCUUCGGACCCCGUGGCACCGGCAAGACCCUGCUGAGCCGCUGCAUCUCCACCCAGCUGGGCUCCACCUUGCUGAAGCUCAGCGGCGCGACCCUGCUCUCCACCUGGAAAGCCGAAGCCGAGAAGAUCCUGCAGACUGUCUUCUUCGUGGCCAGCUGCCGGCAACCUGCCGUGGUGCUCAUCACGGAGACCGAAGCCCUGCUGGUGUCCCGGGCCGCUGAGGACGGCAACCUGCUGAGCAACCUCAAGUCCCAACUCCUCUCCUACCUGGACAACGUGGCUACCUCAUCCGAGCAGAACGUGGUCGUUAUCGGCACCACCUCCCGGCCCGGCAGCAUGGACGAAGCCUCUCACCGACGCUUCGCCAAACGCUUCUACAUCCCUCCCCCGGACAGCCUCGCCCGGCGCCAGAUCCUGCAUCAAGCCCUGGCUCAGCAAAGCUCCUGCCUGAGCGAACGGGAGAUGACCUCCUUGGUGCAGCACACCGAGAGCUUCUCGGGCAGCGAACUGGUGCAGCUGUGCCAGCAGGCAGGCGCCGCCACCCUGCACGCUCUGCCCACCUCCUACCAGGACUUCGAGAAGGCUUUCUGCAAGGUGCGCCCCGCGGCCUCGGCCGAGGAGCUGGACCUGCUCCUGGAGUGGGACAAGAUGUACGGCACCAGGCACUGACGGCAGGGACGGAGCCUCCGCUGCGGGGCCCCAAGCUUUGCGGGCUGGAUUCGGGACCGCUGGACCGCAGAGUCGGGAGGGGCUGGGCUGGGGUCUUGCAGGUCCUGCUCGGAGCUGCGCCCCGGGACGGGUGCAGCCUCCCCGGGGGCGAUGCGCGGGGUCAGCUCCGACGGCGCUACCGGUACCUCGGUGUGGGACCGAAACGGGGGUCUGCUUCUCCUUGGGGAGGGGGGAGGACUGAGGUAGGGUAUUCCUCCUCCUCCUCCUCCUCCUCGGGGCUCGGGGAGCUGUCCCCUACCCAACUCAGGAUCUCCUAUUUAUUAUUUUCCCAUUCUCCAUCCCCAGAGCAGCAGCGCAGGGCUGGAGGCUCCUCAGGAUCUGUGGGGUGCAGGAGCUGCCCCUUCUCUGAGCUCCCCCCACUCCCCUACCCCUUCUACCCCUUCCCCUCCCUCCCCCCCCAGUGGCUCCCAUUUUUAUUAUUAUUAAUCUUUAUUUUUCCACAGAAAUACCUCAGGAGCAUCCUGGGAGCAAAGCAGCCUCUGGCCCAUGGCAGCCGUGUCUGGAAUGGGGGUGGGAAAA